CCUCACAAGGGAUAUGUAGCAGCAAGCAUUAGCCAUAAUGAACACACCACAGGUGCAGAGCUGGAAGAGAGCCAUAAGAGAAAUUGAUGGACCGGGAUCCCCAAGAGAGAUCUGGGACAAAUGGAGCCCGGCCAGGCCUUGCAGGGCCUCAUCCGAGUGGAAUCACCAAUGGGGAUCAGCUGGGAGAGCAUCGGGAUGGAGGCAAUGGAGUGGAAGGGGGCCAGUGUUACCCUCCCCCCAGUUUAGAAGGGGGUGGAUCAGUUGAUGUUUCAAAACAUGUCAAGUGGACUACAACAAGGUCACACGAAGACUCUAAGAUGGCCUUAACUGUGCAAGACAGAGCCGUUGGGGCCAUUAUCGGGGCUGCGGUAGCAGAUGCAGCAGCCCAGCCCAUGCACUGGAUUUACAAUCCAGACAGACUUCGAGAAGUUCUUGCUGACCUGGAACCCACACCAGAGUUUCGUGCAGACUCGGCAAAUCCUUUCUACCGCAGGAAGACAGGCGAGCAGACGUGCUAUGGCGACCAAGCUUACGUCCUGUUGGAAUCACUGAGUCAGUGUGGAGGUGUUAAUGUGGAGGAUUUCACUCAACGUAUUUACAAGUUCUUUGGACCCGGGACAGUGUACGACCUGCCUCUUAAUGACCCCUACCGCCAGAAAGGAGGUCCCAAAGCCGUCCUUCCAAUUGAUGGUCCUUGGAGAAAUGGAAGCCUCAAAGCUUUCUUCAGAAAUGUGGAUGCAGGCAAAGAAGAAACUGGCUGUGACAAGGACUGUCAAAUGGACGGCGUCACUAAACUGGCUCCAAUUGUGGCCCUUCAUGCUGGCCAACCUGAAAUGCUGGAGAAAGUGGAGAAAGUGAUAAGGGUGACCCAGAAUAAUGAUAUGUGCGUGGCUGUGACAUUGGCUGCAGCUAGAUUUUUGGAACAUUUUAUUCUGAAUGGUCCAAGUUCCGAAGCUCUGGAAGCAGUUUUGGCUCAGUUGAAUGACCCACAAAGACAGAACCCUCAAGAGCUUGACAAUGCAGUUGCUGCACAUAUCCGCCAGGUGAAGAACAACAUAGGCAAGACAUCCCAGCAGCUUAUUCCCUCUCUCUACACAAACACAUGAGCUUUGCCUGGUGCACUCCAAGGAGCGCUACAUGGAGUCCUGACAUUGAGCCAGUUGGAUGAAGCUGUCAGGGACACCAUGCGCUGCGGGGGAUGCACCGCCAGCCGAGCCUCCUUCAUUGGAGCCUGCUUCGGGGCACAGACUGGCCUCCAAGGAAUCCCAGAGACUUGGAAGAAGAAGACACUCAGAUAUCCUCGUCUGCUCGAGCUAGCUGAAAGCAUGUUCCAAAAAACUGCGUAAAAUGUAGUUCAUUUUUGAGACGCCCCAAAUAAGAAAUGGCUUUAGUUAGUACCUUUCAUUCCUAUUCAUAAACUUCCCUUAAAUUGCUGAUUUGCUUUGAAAUGACAAUUUAUGACAGUCUUGUUUAAAAAGCCUUGGACUGAAUGAGACUUGAAUCUGUUUGUUGUGUCAAAGUUGCAUUAUGCAAGAAGAGGGCAGUGUUUGCCAAGAGCUUGAGAUGAGUAAGAACAUAAGAGUGUUGUUAAAAACCAUCAGUUGCUAAUAAAAUAUAAAGUUGCUUGCA